GCAGAGCUGUCAGCAUUAGAAGAGUCCUCCUCAGAGAGCAGUGUUGAUAGGAGUAAUAGUGUAAAUGCUGUCGAAAACAAAAAUAAAAGCAUUACAUUGCAUCUGUCAGCCCAAAGACCUAACACCAUUCUCGAUGAGCCACCCUCCAAACCGGGAAUUGAAGACCCAGGACAAGACACCAGUGAUGAGGAUCAUGAAGAUCUUCCUUAUGAUGAGGAUCUCAGAAGCUCGUACUUAAACCAAACAUCUAGUUCUUCUGGAAACUCUGAUGGAGGAGAAACUGUUCCUGGAAGGCCAGAUUCUCCUGGUCUGCUUGAGAAAGAUAAGAAUACCAGCACUAAACCUGCAGGAGUCUCUUAAUGCUACCAAUCAAAUUGAGAUUGCUCUUCCUACAGACAUUACCCAUGUCUUGCUGCGACAUUUCUCUCAGGGGGAGUUGCUCGGACUAGAAAGGCUGAUUGACGCAGAGACCUUGCCAGAGGUGUCUCUGCUGGAAAGCGUGGACGACUCCGUGUUUAGCUUGGCUGCAACAACCAGUACACCCAGAAAUUACUGCUGUAAAAGUGAAAAUACUCUAGAAAUUACUCAUAAAGGAUCAAAGAAUGAAUGUUUAGAAGAAAAAACUGAAAAGAAAAUUGAUGAUUUUGCUUCAGUUGCAACUGAGGAAAACGUGUCCUGCUCGGGAAGUAUAAACCAGAACAGAGGGGAUGACUCUGCAAAUGAAACUGAGCCAAACAAGACAAGAGAGGAUGAUCGGAAUCAGAGAGUCCCUCUCAUUCGCACUAGGUCCUUCUGUGAGAUGAAGUAUGGCCAGGGACAAGUUCAUUACCGUCUCCCAGAUUUCUCCAAGGUGGCCCCGAAAGUAAAAAUCCCUAAAACUCCAAGUGGACCUGUGAGACCAGUUCCCCCAAACCCGAACACCAUUCACAGAGCCCAGUCUUCUCCUGGUAUGUUAGAGGUGAUCAGCAGAGUCCUGGAGGACUCGAUCCCACCAGCAGAGAUGCCCUACAUCUUUGAAGACAGUAAAAACCAACCUCCACCAGCAAUGGUGCAUCAUCUGAUGACUGAACAUGACAAAUUACUGACCAGAUAUGUAGAUUCAGUUAACCUUAUAGAAGUAAUGGCACCAAAACCAAAUAUUCGUCCACCCUCAGAUGAAGCUGAGAAGCAACUUAAGAUUGGUGUAGAGACUCAUCCCAAAUACUUGGUUUCUCCCCUUUCGCUGUCAGAAAACUUUAUUGAGAAAGAGAGUGAAUCGACUCAGCACACAGUAGUUAAGGAAGCAACCAGAGUUUUAUCAAACCAGCAUCAGGAUAAUCUUAGUGAUGGUGAGAGAUUAACUGCUGAGCUGAGAGAGAUCAUCAUCCAGUUUAUGCAGAAGGUUGAAGAAUUCAAAUGUAAUGUUACUAAUAUGGCUGUAAGCACAGCUGAGCAACAAAUGAUGCUGAGGAGCAUGAUGGAGGCGCAGGAUGAGCUUGAAAGGAAAUACAUCAGUAAGAGGGACGAGCACAGAGCUCUGGAGAUGCAGAACUAUAUGGGUCUAUCCAGAAACACUGGCACUUUUGACCCAGACAGACUAGUCGAGGGAGACAUAUUCAGGAUAGGGAUGCACCUAGAGGACAUAAAGGAGGUCAUUGACAGAAACACGUAUGAACAGAUUUCUCCACCCCACUCGUCCUCCACUCCCACAGCCACCACUGUCUCGCUGCAUGAGAAGCCCGGUUCACUUUCCUUUCACACAAGUUCGCCUCCACCUGCACCUUCCCUGCAUGAGGGGGAAAUUACAGGCCCUUUCACUGAGAGUUGCAAAGAGGAUGCACAGAAAGACCACAAUAACCAAAGAGAAGUUGAAGACUCCUCAGAGGGGCAUGUGAAUGGUGGAUUUAACCAAAGCUGGGAGAUCAGGACUGCUGACCCUUUAAAGGAAACUGUCAAGCAGCCCAUCAGCAAUUCCCAUGGCCUGCUGGGCUCGGUACACGGACUGCACUGUCAGACAGCAGAAGAUGAGCAGGAGACAAUUUUAACUUAUCCGAGUGGAAGCAAAUGUGCUUCCACUCGGAUAAGACUGCCUCUGUGGACCCCUGACAGCUCUGACUUGAAUACAAGCAGUGAAUGUGAUCUGGGUGAUUGUGUGUGUCUGGCAGCGGAGCGCUACUGUUCUUCUCAUCCUCCCAGAGACUCAGACAGCCGCAGCAUCUCACAGCCCGUGGUCAGCACCUCAUGUCUGUCACAGCGGAUAUCUAGUCCAGAGACAGACAGUGGAUUUGGAAGCUCCUAUCUGAAUCAGUCAGCCACUGAAGCAUUUCAACCAAAUGUCCUGACAGGAAGCAUUCACUCCAAGUGUGACGACCUAAACAACUCAGACAGUGAAGCUUCCUGCUCCAACCUGGAGACGACUAUCCACACAGUCGCCGUGGCUACCAACUCAUCCAUCAAAACGCUGCACUGUGAAGCAGGUGCAGCUGCAGUGGAGUUGUGGGUGGAGAACACCACCCAGGAGCCGUCAGUCAGGCUGCAGAGAACUCACCAAAUACGUCUUGCCCACAUACCUGAGCCAGCUUUCAGGACCUCCAUGGACGCUGGAGACAAACACACUCCUCUGAACUCCUGUUCUUGCAACAGCGAGGCCAUCUUGGCCUUGCAGACAGAGGUAUCAAAGUUAAAGAAGGACCUGGAGCAGGGGUUGGUACAGCUACCCCACUUGGCACAGAGGAUGGACUACCUCACUUCAAAAUACAGACAGGAAGAUUCAGACCGCACAUCUAACAUCCAAACUCACACACCAGCUUUAAAAAAUUUAGGGAAGUCGAGCAGCAGAGGGAGGAGUAACCUCACAUCCAGUCUAGAGAGAAUAGAUGACUGGAUUUCCUCAGACAUGGAACGAAGCAAGAGCAAAGACAGCGGUGGUGGAAGCUGCUCUGAGAUAAUGAUGCAAUUUCCUGAUUCACCUGUGGGAGGAGUAUUUUCCACAUCUGAGCUUCAAGAUAAACUCCAGCACACAAGAGGUACUAUAGGAAUCUCUGGUUUAAAAGCACAGAAUGAGCGUCGUGUGAAGCAAAGGCCACAAGCCAUCCAGAGUUUUACCUCUAAGGAGAGGUGGUCUCCCGCUCUCCAGAAGCCCCUCCUUCAGGUCAACUAUGGCUCCUCCUGCAGCCUGCCAGCCAGCUAUAAAGUGAGAGAGCCACAGCUGCUGUCCACAUCCUGUCACAGAAAACACUCCACUCAGUCAGACACUGCACUUCUUCCCAGCAAUGUGUAUUUUCAGCAGACUCUGUCUCCAGUCUCUGUUCCUCCCAGGGCGACCAGCAGACGCAGAGGCAAAAAGGAGGAAGACAUGAACAGGACUCUGGACCAGGCCAUUGAAGUUGCUCGCAUCAUGAAACGGACCACAGAUCGUAUGGCCAGGAAACUUUCUGCUGACUUAGCCAAGGCACAGCUGCACAAGAAAAUUUACAACACGCAACCACUAGGGGGCAGAAAACACCACACUCCCUAAAUCCGGAGCCUGCUGGUGCCGGGCUGCCUGCAGUCAACUACUGUACGUGUUGAGUUUCUCUGUUCUACAAAAAGACAUCAGAAACGAAAAGAAACAAGAAGCAGCAUUCCUAAACUAUCUGCUCAAACCUUCCCAGGAGUAGGUGAUGUUCAUUAACCUGCAGGCACUUCAAGAAAUUAGUAAAAAUAAUAACAAAUGA